AUGUCAAAAUUGAAACUACAUGCCCCUCCCGAGCCAUUCACCUUUCAGAUUUUUGAUACCAUCGAUGGAGACUUUUGUAAAGAAGACGUUUUAGUCCGUCUCAUCCAUUUUUGGGAAGCCCGAAAUUUCAAGAAAGGAAACAUGCUUAUGGGCGUAGAACUGCUUCUCAUAGAUUCCAUGUCUAAUGCAGUCCAAGGCUACAUACCAGCAAACCGUCUAUUUCGGUACCAAAGUCAUCUGAAAUCCAACUCUGUUUACACCCUCAACAAUUUCAUGAUCAUUCCCAGCAAAAAGGUGUACAAAGUCUCAGACCACAAAUACGGCAUCGUCUUUACUGAGAAGACAUCAAUGGUAUUGGAGCCUAUUGUAGACCAUCAGAUCACGGAACAAAAGUUUCGGUUCCGUAACUAUGAAGAUUUUGCUUCUAUUGUAGACACAAAUGCAGAUUUAUUUGAUGUCAUUGGCCAGCUACGCCUAAUUGUUGGCGACAAUAUCCACUCCCCUUCAACAAUGGAAACAGCUCCUCAAGUAGAAGGCAGCCGAUCAAGUGAUAGGGUGUUUUUACAUCUCCAACUUAAAGAGUUAGGUGAUAAUGGUCACAACACUCCAAAAAUUGCAAGCUCCUCCUCUGCAAUUACUAAGCUAGAGACAGUUACAAUCCAAGAAAUACUCCAGUUUCUACAAAAUGAGAAUCCCCAGGAAGCUAGCUUUUACUGUUUUGGUACAAUUCUUGAUAUACAACCACAGUACGGAUGGUACUACAUCUCAUGUAGCAAAUGCAACAACAAACUUGAGAAGGCUGAUUCAUCAAUGUAUUGCAAUAAUUGCCAGGAAUCCAACAACAUCGGCAUCAUCAGGUAUCGUUUUGAGAUAACAGUGUCUGACAAAAACAAAGAUGUAGCAACUUUUGUUGUUCUCGAUAGUGAGGCUACUAAAAUUGCUGGUCGUAGAGCUGCUGAUGUUUUAAAGGAAGAAAUGAAGGCUUCUACCCAAGCUUCCUAUACAGAUAUCAAUUUGCAGACCCCAGAAUGCCUUAAACAUAUUGUUGGUAAUACUUGCAAGUUUCAAAUCAAGCUCUCAGAAUACAACUUCAAAACUUCUCGCCAAACUAUCUCAAUCUCCCGCAUUUUGGAAACCACUACACACCUGUCAAUCCAACCAUUAGAAGGUAGUUCUGAGAAGUCGAUUUCUGAAACUCAGAGUACGACCACAACAACCAAAUCUCGAGAAAAGUCACAUGUUAAUGAUUCUACCGAGAAGAAUGGAUCAGCUGCCGAGAAACGUCCCCGCCUAGAAUAG